AUGAAUAACCCAGGCAGCAACAACACCUUCAAGCCUCCACAUGCCCUCGUGCCCACUCCCAAGCUCUACGACGAGCUUGUGGGUGACGGCAUGGAAAACCUAGCCAAGGGCACCGUCGCUGGAAUCUUACCCAUCAAUCCUGCUUCCGUGGUUCUGGACAUUGGAUGUGGCACCGGCGCCGGUACUACCGCCGUGCUUGACGCCGUAAGCCACUCCAAAACCGACAAAGCCCACAUCACAAUCAAGGGCGUCGACAUCCACGAAGGUGCAUUAGAUAUCUACAAGAAGAAAGCUGCCGAGCACAAAUGGCCUGCCGAGGCUAUCAAAGCGGAUGCCAGCAACCUCGACACCAUCGCAGACGCUACGUUUACCCAUGCAAUCGGCACUGCGUUUCUCUUCGCUCUGCCAGAAGAUGGCGUCCCCGCGAUCAAGGAAAUUUAUCGCACACUGCAAUCUGGCGGCGUGGCGGCGUUCAACUCGUGGGCUCAUGUACCUAAUAUGGAUCCUCUGCGCGUCGCUUCAGCAGCUACGCGACCUGAGGGAACGCCGGAGAUCCGGGGUGGCAUGGAUAAGUGGGAGGAUGCUGAGUUUCUCAGAGGGGUGAUCGAGAAGGGUGGAUUCGCGAGCGAGAAGAUUACGAUGAGGAAGCGGGAUGUUUACGUUACGGGGACGACGAUUCAACGCUAUGCUACUAUGCUGUGGAGCUUCAUUGGCGGGACCACAAAGGCUGGAUGGCUUGAGUCUGAUGGCGAGAAGUGGGAUGAGGCGAUUGAGAUUGUGGAGGCUGAACUGCGCAAGGCGGAUGGGUUUAAGGAGCUGGAGGGUGGGAGGCUGAGGUUGAAGUUUGUGGCUAACAUUGCGGUCGCGAGGAACUAG